GUGCUUCAUGUCGUACCAGAGUUACCAAGCAAUUGUCAAAGAUUCAAGACUUUGUCAGAAGCAGAGACAGCAUUUGACAUUGAUUACGUCAAAUCCGAAGUAUUAAAUAAUGACACUGUUAAAUGUUGUUGUUUGAACAGUGCAGCACAUGAACAUACAGAUGAUUUACUUCAGUGCUCUUGUGGCACCAAUGAUCAUAACAGUGAUGAUAUUACAGAAG